AUUAAACGAAUUCGACUACUACUGCCGUCCAUAAAGGACAUUAUUUUAUCAUCGCUAUGAAAAAUCCCGUGUUAUAAUAAGUAAAAGAGUGUGCUGUACGGUGAAUUUAUAAACAAAAGAACAAUAUGUUAAUAUUAAGAGUGAUUAGUGUUUUUAUCUUUAGUUUAAGCUUUGCGAGCACGUCGACGACAGAAAAAUACGAGUACGGAGCUCCCAAAUUAGAUAUCGACAAUUUAGAAAACGGCUAUCACGGGCUCGUAAAAGAAAACGAAACAAUCGUAGAAGUAACACCGGCGAUAAGGGCGGUGGGCGAGCCCGUUUGCGGUUUUCGAAUUGUCAACAAGCACCAUGGCGAGGCGCCCUUCGAUAUCGUCUCGAAGGACAACGGUUACGCGGAGCUCAGAGCCAGGCGGGUGCUCAACUGCGAAAAGCGGAGGAACUACAAAUUUGACAUUGCAGCGGUGGGCUGCAAUGGAAAACAAAGUACAAACGCUACCGUUCACAUAACCGUAUCGGAUGUAAACGAAUACGCGCCCACGUUUUCGGAGCCCAGCUACGUAAGGCAAGUGGAUGAGGGUCGUAUUUAUCGCGAGAUUGUACGAGUUGAGGCGACCGAUCGUGAUUGCACGCCGAAAUUUGGCGAUGUUUGUAAAUAUGAGAUCUUAACCUCGGAUCAGCCGAAAUUUGGCGAUGUUUGUAAAUAUGAGAUCUUAACCUCGGAUCAGCCAUUUGUGAUUGACAUGGAUGGUGUUAUCCGCAAUACAGAAGCCUUAGAUUACGAAAGAUCGCAUAAUCACAUUCUGAGUGUUGUGGCCUACGAUUGCGGCAUGCGCCAAAGCUUGCCGGUUAUGGUUACUAUUAAGGUAAACCGCGUGUGUCGGUUGGGUUGGAGAGGCCUACCGGAGAGGGUGGACUACGCCCCAAUGACGGGUAAGCAGGAAUUAUUCCCGUCGGCGAGUCUGGAACUGUGCGACGUACCUUGCACCGUCCGAGAGUUGCGGACGAGAGUCGAUUUGGCAACUAGGCAUAUCGGAAAGGGUUGCGAUCGCGAUACCUACAGUGUUCAAUCCCAACGGAAGUUAUGCGGGGCUUCGCCGUCGGCUACGGAUCUACUGCCUAAUCCGGAAUUGGGCGCCGAGUGGACUAAGCCCUUAAUUUCCGACGAAGGUCACGAAUCCGACCAAAUGUUCGAGUUUGACGGCUCGAGUACUGCCGUAACAGUGCCGAAAAGCGUGCUUGACCAUAAUCUCGCCUCCUCUUUCACAAUUGCCACGUGGAUGCGACACGGUCAACAUCCCGCGCAAGACAAGCACGUCAAAGAGCACAUUUUGUGUUCGGCGGACGACCACAAGAUGAAUCGACAUCACUACGCUCUUUUCGUACGCAAUUGCAGGCUGAUUUUAUUACUCCGAAGAGAUUUCUCUGAAGGCGAUCUGAAUAUAUUCAGGCCUGCUGAAUGGAGAUGGAAGCUACCUCAGGUGUGCGAUGAUCAGUGGCAUCACUACGCCGUCAACGUCCGUUUCCCGGACGUUGAGCUGUUUGUUGACGGGCAAAUAUUCCAUACGGAAAAGAAAAAUCCGGAAGUAAUCGACGACUGGCCUUUACAUCCGACCAAGGGAAUAAAUACUACACUAACAGUUGGGGCCUGCUGGCAGGGUUCGGAAAACAAAAUGAAACACCAUUUGAAGGGAUACUUAGCCGGUCUAAGCGUUCUGAUUGGCGAAACGGAGAAGCCAGAAGUACUAAGUUGUCUACAUCAAUGCAAGGAAAGUCUACAGGUACCAGCAAUGGAACUUUUACAACCUGGCAUGGAACUACUAACAAACUCCGAUCUAACCGAGGUGACCGUGGAAGGGGACAACCGUACCAAUUUGGAAACGCUGGUCCGUAAAAUUGGCUACGCGAAUUCGCGCGAGUUCCCCACGCCCGGUCGCCGAAAUCUGAAGCUAAUCACGACCGUCAUUUGCGACAGCGGCAAGAUGGUCAAGGUCCCCGACUCUCAGACGUACGUCAUGGUACUAAGACCUCAAACGCCCACCAUUAAUCUCAACGGUACGGGAAACAUGGCGAGAAAAUACGCCGAUUUCCGACUGGGUGUUCGCGUUCUACCCGACAUUCACAUAAUGGGCGAGCAAAAGUUGGACAAGUGCUCGUUGACGAUCUAUCCCAACUUGAACCCUGACCACGAAAGCUUGGCCGUGCCGGAAGAGAUGGUUAAGCGGCUUGGAAUGGCGGCGCGUGUUUCAAAGGACGGAAUAACAAUCACGGGCUCUGAUAUGGUCUACAAUUACAAGCAGGUGCUCCGCCAAAUCGUCUACACCAAUCGCAAACCCGCCUACUACCUGAACAGAGUGUUCAAACUCACCUGCUCGGAGCUCAACGGUCGAUUUACCUCAAACGAAUAUGUACAAACACUAACUGUGAUCCAUCCCCAAUUAAAAGAGCAGGUAGCUCACGCGACCAUAAACAAGCACACCGUCGAGUUGCAUCCGGCCUCGAUCAUCUCUCAGGACUACAUUCCAACCGAUCACCUCAACAUCGCCAGCGGCGGCUCGCACGCCGUCACCAUCAUCGUCGUGGUGUGCGUCGGUUUCCUCCUCUUCAUGAUCGUUCUGGGCGUCAUCAGAAUAAGGGCGGCUCACCAUCGCAAUACGACCGAGGAGGCGCAAGAGUCCGAAAUGACGUGGGACGAUUCCGCCCUUACGAUUACGGUGAAUCCGAUGGAGAACGCCGAAAGGAGACUGCAAGGCGAAACCGCCGAAUAUUCCGACAGCGAAAGUGACUCUGACAGUUCAUCGGACGACGAUAACAUGGACGGUCCGUGUAGACUCCACGACAGUUCAGAGGACGAAGAGGAACAGCCCGCGCGCCGCAAGAGGGAGUACCAAAACGUCAGUCAGCUAGAAUGGGACCAUUCCACGAUGUAAAGUAGAUCUGAUAAAUGUUAUAUUGUGCCGUUUUCCCAUUGAUUUCAAAGAUAUAUAUUUCGUUUUUAAAAACGCACGAUAUAGCAAGAUAAGUGGGUGGCUUCGGUGAUAUUUUUGUUGUGAAGUAGUCACAGGGCUACUUCUCAGUAAAAAAUUGUGCUGUGUCAGGCACAAAGGUUUGGUUACAAACAGGUAACGCUCUCGUGCUUUAUUUUUUAGUAAAUUUUUAUUGCAGCUUUCAAAGAAUGUAAGCAGCUAUUUCUAAGAUUUUCAUGAGGACUGUCGCGUGUAUGUCAACCGAAACUCACUAAUAUCAACAAUAAUCGUCCAUAAUGUUAGAUAGUAAUAAUAAGAUAUACGUUGUAUAUCCCUUUACGAAAGCGUAGAAGGGCCGGAGGAACAUUUUUUGUAACUGAUACAUUUAUCUGUCGGUUAGGCUAAUUGACAGAUACAUGUCAAUUAAAAAAAAUUGGGGGUUACCCUUCUACGCUUUUGUACUUUUCACUAUAGCUAGUUAUCGACUAUACAUGCCAGCUCACCAUAGCUUUCGCGCCACUUGUUUUUAUAAGUAUAGAAACUGUACAUAUUAAGAUUGUUGGGUAUGAAGUACUAUUUCGAAUAAUUUGAACGUAUGUUUAAUUUUUUUACUUGUUAACCCGGUCUAUAUUUUUUAACUAACCCAGUGACUUUUGUACUUAACUUAGGAUUUAGGUUGUAAAAUUUUAUUCAUAUCACACACUUAUUAAGUGCAAUCAGUAUUUUUUUGUGCGUAUGGGGCACUAUAUAGGUUUGAUUGUGUGAUUUCUCACGUACCUACGGUCGAUAACUCUGUCAGUGUUUUAUACUAUUCGCACAAUUGCCUAUCCUUUUAUUACUCAGUGGGGUAGUUGACGAAAAUACACUUUUUUCACCUACUUCUAAAGGAGCUCGUGCCGAUUCGACGGGAAAAAAGCAAAGUAUCGGCACCUCGUUCUUUUUUAAUAAGGUAGCUUCAAUAAAUAAUAGUUUGUAUAUAAUUACGAUGCAGCUAAAAGCAAGUACUUUUUAAGUUUUAUUUGUAUUUUAUUAUGACGAUAAUAAUAAAUAAUAAUGAAGGUUGGGUACUUAUUUUUAGAAUUCGUAUAAAUAAAAUGGUUUUUAUUGUAUCUAUUUUAAUACAACCGCAAUAGAUGGUAGCGACUACAUCAAUAUCAUGUUGCAAUAUCUUAACUGUUCGCAACCAUUUUGUUUAUUACGUGUUAAAUAUGCCAUUUUUAGAGUAGUCGCUGUGAUGUCAAAAAUGUGCUGUUUAGUUUAGAAGAAGCAAAUCGCACUCAAAACAGUUUACGCACAGUUUUGUAUUAAAAUUGUCGUGUAUUAAAGUAAAUUCUCGAUGUAUUUAGAUGUUAGCUGUCCCGUUUCUCGAAAACGUGUGCAAUUUUGAUACAACACUGAGCUAUAAAGAGGGUUAAAGUAAUAAAAAAAACACUAUUUUUUGACAAAUAACAAAAUAGACGAAUAGUUACAUUCCAUAUUAUGCAUAAUAUAUUUGUAAUCACCGAUUACGAGGCUUUGUUGUGUGUUAAAAAGGAGAAAAUCAAAUAUCCCAUGUCUUAGGUGUCAAGCCACAAUAAUUAUGUAAAACAUCAAUGUAUUUAAAUAAUAACAAAUAAAUAUACCCUAAUAAGAUUA